UUGUUGCAUUCAAACAUGAGUGUGUCUUUGACUGUAAUGACUUUUAAUCUGCAUGAUGAUCAACCGGAAGACAGCCCAAAUUCGUGGGAGAAAAGGAGGGAUUUGCGCAUAAGUGUCAUCACUAGUUACUCCCCUAUCAUUCUUUGUACUCAACAAGGUGUACAAUCUCAACUGGAUUUUCUUCAGCAGGGAUUGUUAGGGUAUGAUCAGUUCGGAGUAUCAAGAAAAGGGCCCCAGGACAGUUCAGAUGAACAUUGCACAAUCUUCUAUGACAAGGAAAAGGUAGAGUUGAUUGAAGGUGGAACCUUUUGGCUGUCCGAGUCACCUUCUGUUCCUGGGAGCACAUCAUGGGGUUCAGAAGUUCCAUGCAUUGCAACAUGGGCUACAUUCCAACUUAAAGAAGUUGAGCCACCAGGAUUCUCAUUUCAGAUUGUGAAUACCAAUAUGGAUGAGUCCAGUCCUCGUGCCCGUAGGCAAAGUGCUCUGCUUACAUGGCAACAUAUUGCAUCCUUACCUCCUAGCUUACCAGUUGUGUACUGUGGUGGAUUUAACACACAGAAGGAAUCAACAACCGGGCGUUUUCUUCUUGGGAGAUCAAGAGAACAUGGUGUGGUGGGAGACAUGAGGGAUAUUUGGCCUAAUGCUCGGGUGAGGAAAAACGUUUCCCUAAUACGAACUUAUCAUGGCUUCAAAGGUAACAAGCAGGGAGCCCUAGAAUUCCUCAAGUUGAUAUUUAGAGCGCUCUGCCUCUGCUGGGACCGCCAAACACAAGAUCUACACGUAGACUGGAUUCUUUUCAGGGGCAGAUCUCUUAUACCCUCUUCAUGUGAAGUGGUCAAUGAUAACAUCGACGGUUAUUACCCCUCCUCUCACUAUCCUAUAUUUGCCGAGUUUCUUCUUCCACGUACCGUGAGAUUGAUAGAACCACCUACACAUACACAAGAGGACAAUUAGAAUGCCAUUUGUUUAUAAUCAAUCUAUCAUGUUUCCCCCUUCUUUGUGUUUCGACUCUCGAUCAUGAAUCAUUUAUGACUACAAGUAUUUUCAGCUGAUGUUUGGAA